CACCAUCCACUUCAAAGAUACCUUUAGACGUCCGUCUUCAAAGUACAGCUGUACGCAUACAUCUUUGCCUAAUUUAUAUGCUCCCUCCCCAUAUAAAAUACCAAAAUAUCAAAUAUAAACCUCACUUAAACCCUACAAAGUUAUACUAAUAAUUAGUUGAAACAAAAAAGCUUACGUAGUACCAAGAAAAGAUACCUUGUUUUAUUGAUCUUCAAGUCUUGAGGAUGAUGAUGAGUCGUGGUUACACCAGGUUAGCCAGCUCCAUGUUUACAAUGGUCAGCCCUCGAUUCUUUUCCACAGCAGCAACACGGGGGGUCCUUUCCAACGACAUGGUGAAGGCUCCCGCUGUUGGACUUGGCGUGCGCUGCAGGAGCUCUAUGGCGGCCAUAGUUGGUGGUGACAAGGAGCAGGAGAAGAAACAAGCAGUAGGCGGCGGCGGCGGCUCCGCCAAGGAUGACAAAGAGAUCGUCAGUUAUUGGGGCUUGGAUCCAACUAAGGUGUCCAAAGAGGACGGCUCCCCAUGGAAGUGGACCUGCUUUAGGCCAUGGGAUACAUACCGGGCAGACUUGUCAAUAGAUCUGAAGAAACAUCACGCACCGGUGACUGUGCUUGACAAAAUGGCUUAUUGGACUGUCAAAUCUCUUAGAUGGCCUACAGAUCUUUUCUUUCAACGGAGAUAUGGUUGCCGAGCAAUGAUGCUGGAGACAGUGGCAGCAGUGCCAGGAAUGGUGGGAGGAAUGCUAUUACACUGCAAGUCAUUAAGGAGAUUUGAACACAGUGGAGGUUGGAUCAAAGCACUGUUGGAAGAGGCUGAGAAUGAACGUAUGCACCUAAUGACAUUCAUGGAGGUGUCGGAUCCUAGAUGGUACGAACGUGCCCUUGUAUUUGCUGUCCAAGGUGUAUUCUUCAAUGCUUACUUCUUGGGGUAUAUUAUAUCACCUAAAUUUGCCCAUCGAGUGGUGGGAUACCUUGAGGAAGAAGCAAUCCACUCUUACACCGAGUUCCUCAAGGAGUUGGACAAUGGUAACAUUGAGAAUGUGCCAGCUCCACCUAUUGCUAUUGAUUACUGGCGCUUGCCCCCUAACUCCACUCUGCGAGAUGUUGUUUUGGCUGUGAGGGCAGAUGAGGCACAUCACCGUGAUGUUAACCAUUUUGCAUCGGAUAUACAUUAUCAGGGACGUCAGCUGAAGGAAGCUCCUGCUCCGCUCGGUUAUCACUGAAAACUGCCUUGCUUGCAACUUCAAUUCACACACAUAUAUAUACCUCUUCUUCUUUUUUUCCUUGUAAUCAAUAAUUAUGGUUUAUAUAAAGUCAUAUAUGAUAUGAGUGCUGGUUCCUUUAUUAAUUCAAGAGAGGUAAAAUCAAUAAGAAAACCAUUUUGUAAAUAAAUAAGAAAAAGAGUUUCAAGUAUAAUCUUACGUUAUACUUUUAGAA